CCUCCCCGACCCCCGCCUGGGCUCUGACGGUCACGGAACAGCGGGCCCUGGGGCGAAUUCCUGGGGAGGGGGUCUGGUCCCAUCCCCCCGGCGAGGGCUUGAGCCAAGAUUCCUGUUAAGUCACAUAGUGAAGUUGGAAAACAUACGGGACCUCCCUGCACGCCAGCGCCGCCCGCUUCUCCCCGCCCGCGGGGCUUCGGGAGGAUGCGCCCCGACGCCUGCACUCCGGGACCGCGGGGACAGGGUGUCUGGGAGGGAUGCGGAGUACCCUCCAUGCCCAGAUGCCAGAGUAGCUAUCCUGUCUCCUGCCCCCUAGCCCGGGGACAGUCAAGGGAAGAGCAAUGGAGACCUGGCUGGGCAGGCUCUGGCUGUGUGUGAUGCCGCUGCUGCCUCUUCUUCAGCUCGGCCAGCAUCAGGAGCUGUUUGGACCUUCUCUUCAGACACCAUCAGAGGAGGGCCAGGCCCCUGAGGGCCUCUGGGGACAUUGGGGCCGGUGGGCCCCCUGCUCCCAGCCUUGUGGGGUGGGGGUGCAGCAAAGGAGCCGAACUUGUGAACUGCACCCAAGCCUAUCCCUCCCUCCCCGACCCCCAAGACAUCCAGAAGCCCUCCGGCCCAGACCCCAGACUCCCCAGGACGCCCAGUCCCUGUACAGGCCACAGCCUCGGGGAAGGGGUGGCCCUCUUCAAGGUCCUGCUUCCCAGCUGGGGAGAGAGAAGCCCCAAGGGACUCAAGGGGCCCAGAGGUCCCGGGUUCGAGACCCGAUCAAGCCAGGGAUGUUUGGUUAUGGGAGAGUGCCUUUUGCCUUGCCACUGCACCGGAGCCGUAGGCACCCCCAUAGACCCGAGCAACCCAAGAACUCUUCUACAGGGGAUGAGACCCUUCCAUCCCGGCCUCCAAGCACAGAGCCGGCCUCUGCAAACCACAGCCCUCACACGCAGCUUCCUGAACUGCAUACCGACUCCCACUCUCCCCCCGCUGAAACCCCAAGGCCUGGAAGUGCUCAGACUGAGGUGUCCCCCAGAAGCAGUCCUGCUCCCUCUGACACAGAGAUCCCCUCAGCCACAUCCUCCUUUGGAGACAGUAGGUCUUACCAGGGAUCUCCUGGGCCACGAAUGCCAACCUCCCGCAGUUGGAACAGUCCCCAGGGAGCAGGGCGACAUCCUCAUCCUUUACCGUCUGUCCCUCGGAGUGGAGGCCAGCAGAGCAGGGGGCACUGGAGACCCCGAGGGAGUUCUCACAGGUCCCCAGAUGGCUGGCUGCCCCUGACAAGAGACUCCAGCCCCCUCUGGAGCCUUUUUGCUCCUAGUAGCCCUGUUCCAAAGUGUUCUGGGGAAAGUGAACAGAUGAGAGCCUGCAGCCAAGAGCCUUGCCCCCCUGAGCAGCCAGACCCCAGGGCCCUGCAGUGUGCCGCCUUUGACUCCCAGGAAUUCAUGGGCCAGCUGUACCAGUGGGAACCCUUCACUGAAGUUCAGGGUUCCCAGCGCUGUGAGCUGAACUGCCGCCCCCGUGGCUUCCGGUUCUAUGUCCGUCACACCGAAAAGGUCCAGGAUGGGACCCUGUGUCAGCCUGGAUCCCUAGACAUUUGUGUGGCAGGACGCUGCCUGAGCCCCGGCUGUGAUGGGAUCCUUGGCUCUGGCAGGCGUCCGGAUGGCUGUGGGGUCUGUGGCGGUGACGGCUCCACCUGUAGGCUCGUUUCGGGAAACCUCACGGAGCGAGGGGGCCCCUUGGGCUAUCAGAAGAUACUGUGGAUCCCUGCGGGAGCCUCCCGUCUUCAGAUUUCCCAGCUCCGACCCAGUUCCAAUUACCUGGCACUUCGAGGGCCUGGGGGCCGCUCCAUUAUCAACGGAAACUGGGCAGUGGAUCCCCCAGGGUCCUAUUCGGCCAUCGGGACUGUCUUCCAGUAUAGCCGUCCUCCUCGGGAGGAAGGCAAGGGGGAGAGCAUGUCAGCCGAGGGCCCCACCACCGAGCCUGUGGAUGUCUAUAUGAUCUUUCAAGAGGACAACCCCGGUGUUUUUUACCAGUACAUCAUCGCUUCCCCUCCUGCGGUCCUAGAGAGUCCCUCCACGAAGCCUCCAGCCCUUCAACUUCAGCCGGAGAUGCUGAGGGGGGAGCCCCUACUUGCUUCAGCUCCCCGCCCAGUUCGGGCACCGGGCACCCUCCAGCGUCAGGUUCGAAUUCCCCAAGUGCCUGCUCUGACUCAUGCCAGGACAUCCCUGGGGUCUGCAGCCGGAUACUGGAAGCAAGUGGGGCACUCGGAAUGUUCAGCAUCCUGCGGCAAAGGUGUCUGGCGCCCCCUUUUCCUCUGCAUUUCCCGUGAGUCAGGAGAGGAGCUGGAUGAACAGAGCUGUGCCCUGGGUGCCAGACCCCCAGCUUCCCCUGAACCCUGCCAUGGGCCCCCGUGUCCCCCAUACUGGGAGGCUGGUGAGUGGACGUCUUGCAGCCGAUCCUGCGGCCCUGGCACCCAGCACCGUCAGCUGCUCUGCAGACAAGAAUUUGGAGGCGGUGGCUCCUCUGUGCCCCCAGAGCGUUGUGGACAUCUCCCCCGGCCCAACACCACUCAGCCUUGUCAACUGCACCUCUGUGGCCACUGGGAGAUUAGCUCCGCCUGGAGCCAGUGCUCUGUGCGUUGUGGCCGUGGUCAGAGGAGCCGGCAAGUUCGGUGUGUUGGGGACAAUGGUGAUGAAGUGAGCAGGCAGGAGUGUGCUUCAGGGCCCCCCCCACCCCCCAGCAGAGAGGCCUGUGACAUGGGGCCCUGUACCACAGCCUGGUUCUACAGCGACUGGAGUUCCAAGGACCUCAGAGAUAAGUGGGAAAAACUUACAUUCACACCUGCCAUUUUAGUACUUGGGAGGCCGAUUUGAGAGGACUGGCUGAGUCCAAGGCCAGCCUGGACUACAUAGUAAGUUUCAGGCCACGUGAGCUAUAGCAGAACCUUCUUUAAAACACAAAAGCAGGCUGGGUAAGGCAGUGCACACCUUUAAUCCCAGCUAAGGCAGUGGAUCUCUGUGAGUCUGAGGCCAAGUCUGGUCUACAGAGUGAGAUCCUACCUCAAAAAAAACCACCAACAAAAAAACUAAACAGAAAGAAAGAGAAAGAAAGAAAGAAAGAAAGAAAGAGAGAAAGAAAGAGAGAAAGAAAUCAGAAAGGAAGAAAAGAGAAAAAUGGGGUAGAGAGGGAGCUCAGUAGUUCUGGAGGACCUGGGUUCAGUUUUCAGCACCCACGUCAAGCAGCUCAUAACCACCAGUAACUCCAGCGCCAGAUCUGGCACCCUCUUCUGGCCUCUGUGAGCAUGUGUGACGUACACAAACACACACAUUAAAUAACAAAGUAACAGACGUCAGAGGGACUGGCCGGAUGGCUCAGUAGGUGAAGAGGACUGGCUGGGCAAGCCUGAUUACCUGAGCAAGGUCCCCGGAUCCUACAGUGGAGGAGAGGGCGACUCGUGUGCCCCUGCACUCACACAUUACACACUGGCUGGGUGCCCACGCCUUGAAUUCCACCACUCAGAAGGCAAAGGCAAGAGGAUCUUUGUGAGUUUGAGGACAGCCUGGCCUGCACAGAGAGCUCCAGGACAGCCAGGGCUACAUAAGAGACCCUGAUUAUUAAAAUAAUAGUAAUAAUAAAAACAAUAAUUACAGCGGGCUGGAGAGAUGGCUCAGAGGUUAAGAGCACUGGCUGCUCUUCCAGAGGUCCUGAGUUCAAUUCCCAGCAACCACAUGAGCUAACACAACCCUCUACAAUGAGAUCUGGUGCCCUCUUCUGACCUGCAGGCAGAACACUCAUUGUACACAUAACAAAUAAAUCUUAAAAAAAGCAAUGAUUACAUAAUACAGUUUUACAGAAAACUGAGGUGGGUAGUGUGCUUGUCUAGCCUGUACGAGGCCUACUUUUGAUCCCCGGUAUCACAUAAACCAGGUGUAAUGGCACACACCUGUAAUCCCAGCACCCAGGAGGAUCAGAAAUUCAAGGUUCUCUCAGCUUCAUACCAAGUUCGAGGCCAGUCUGGAACCCCAGCUGUCUGUCUCCUCUUACAGGCUGGUACCCCAGGGCAUCCCUGAAUGCCCUGGAUGUGGGUCCUCCACAUCUCAGUUCCGGGCACCAGCAGCCUCCCUUCACACAGGCCACUCUCCUCU